AUAUAAAGGCUCCCAUAUCCCCAAAACCCCGCAAAACCCACGGAACAAGUGGAAAAGGAGAAAUCAGAGGAAAACAAAAUGAAGACUAUUCCUCUGCUUCUGAUGGGUUGUGGUGGCGUUGGGCGGCAGCUCCUCCAGCACAUUGUCUCCUGCCGAUCUCUCCACGCCAAACUGGGAGUUUACUUGAGAGUUGUGGGAGUAUGUGAUAGUAAGUCGUUGAUUGUUGUGUCGGAUGUGUUUUCUAUGGAGUUGGAUGAUAUGUUUCUAUUGGAAGUUUGCCGAGCCAAGUUGAGCGGUUCUUCUCUGCAGACCCUUUGUAGUUCCGGUGAACUUCAAGUACUCACCAAUUCAGAUUCAACAAGAAAAGUUAUAGACAUUGCAGCCCAUCUGGGUAAAUCAAUGGGUUUGGCCUUGGUAGAUUGCUCUGCAAGUUCGGAGACAAUUGGAAUAUUAAAACGAGUGGUUGACUUGGGCUGUUGCAUUGUCCUGGCAAAUAAAAAGCCUCUUACUUCUACGAUGGAGGAUUACGACAAACUAGUCUCACACGCACGUCACAUUCGGCAUGAGUCAACUGUUGGUGCUGGUCUUCCGGUCAUAGCAGCCAUAAAUCGUAUACUUGCAUCUGGAGAUUGUGUGCAUCGCAUUGUUGGGAGUUUGAGUGGUACAUUGGGGUAUGUAAUGAGUGAGUUAGAAGAUGGAAAGCCAUUGAGCCAAGUUGUUAAAGCUGCUAAAAGCCUGGGAUUCACUGAACCAGAUCCGCGCGAUGACCUCAGUGGGAUGGAUGUUGCAAGAAAGGCUUUGAUCCUUGCUCGGCUUCUUGGUUGGCGGAUUAACUUGGAUAGCAUCAAGAUCGAGAGCUUGUUUCCUGAAGAAAUGGGAACCAAUGUAAUGUCUGUUGAAGAAUUCCUGGAUUGUGGGGUGUUACUGCUUGAUAAAAAUAUCCAAGAGAGAGUGAAUAAGGCUUCUCUAAAUGGCAAUGUGCUACGUUAUGUCUGUGUGAUUGAGGGGUCAAGGUGUGAAGUUGGCAUUCAAGAGCUUCCUAAGGAUUCUCCGUUGGGAAGGCUUAGAGGAAGUGACAAUGUGUUAGAGAUUUACAGCAGAUGUUAUAAUAACCAGCCACUGGUUAUUCAAGGUGCUGGUGCUGGCAAUGAUACUACAGCAGCUGGAGUCCUUGCUGAUAUUGUCGAUAUCCAGGAUUUAUUUCCUGAAAAGUAAAUUUUCUGUGACUUGCAGGGAAAAUAGUCUACAUAGUUUUGCCCUAAAAAGCUGCUUACGGUCUUUUUUUUUUUUUUUUUUU